GUAACAACGCCUGUGUCCAAAACGGAAACGAGUGACCACGACUGGGCCCGUCUGCUUAGCUGACGUUGUUAUCCGGCCAUUAUUAAUCAGUCCACCCCCUGCCAUCCCGGCCGGAUCAUCGUCAUCGUCAUCGGCGGCGGCGGCGGCGAGCGGCGUCCGUGAUGGUGGUGGUGACGGAGAAGGAGGAGAUGGAGCGCAGGGCCUACGCGCGCGUGGGCCUCCUCGGCAACCCCAGCGACGUGUACGGCGGCCGCGCCGUCUCCUUCGCCGUCGCGGGGCUCUGGGCCACCGUCCGCCUCCGCCCCUCCGACCAGCUCCUCGUCCAGCCCCACCCGCGCCACGACCUCGUCGCCUUCCCCUCCCUACACGCCCUGGUGGAGCGCCUGGACGGCGGCGGGUACUACGGCGGCGUGCGGCUGCUGCUGGCGAUCUGCAGGAUCUUCCACAACCACUGCAAGCAGAACGGAAUCGCCCUGGAGGACAAGAACUUCACACUGUCGUACGACACCAACAUUCCUCGCCAGGCCGGGCUCUCGGGCUCCAGCGCCAUCGUCUGCGCCGCGCUGAGCUGCCUCCUGGAUUUCUACGGCGUCAGGGACAAGAUCAGGGUCGAGGUCAGGCCCAACCUCAUCCUCAAUGCCGAGAAGGAGCUCGGGAUCGUCGCCGGGCUUCAGGACCGCGUCGCGCAGGUCUACGGCGGCCUUGUUUACAUGGAUUUUAGCCAGGAGCAUAUGGAUAAAUUGGGCCAUGGAGUGUACACGCCGCUGGACGUUGAUCUGCUCCCCCCUUUGUAUCUCAUCUACGCCGAGAACCCGAGUGACUCUGGCAAGGUCCACAGCAGCGUCAGGCAAAGGUGGCUUGACGGAGACGAGUUCAUAAUAUCAUCCAUGAAAGAAGUCGCGCAGCUAGCGUAUGAUGGCCACAAUGCGUUGUUGCAGAAGAAUUAUAGUGAGCUCGCCAGGCUUAUGAACAAGAACUUUGAUCUGCGGAGGAAAAUGUUUGGGGACGAUGCGCUCGGCGAGUUGAACAUAAAGAUGGUCGAGGUAGCGAGGAGCAUCGGCGCCGCAUCGAAGUUCACGGGAAGCGGUGGCGCGGUGGUCGCGAUGUGCCCGGACGGUGACGCUCAAGCAGAGCUCCUGAAGACGGCGUGCCAGGAGGCCGGUUUCGUGGUGGAGCAGAUUGAAGUCGCCCCGUCGGCGCUGACAAAGGAGGAGCUGGCAAGCUUAUCAAAUUAUCUCAAUCCAGGACAUGACCAGUACGUGUACCGCCAUCCAAACGGGUUGUGCGUGGUUGGUUUAGCUACAGCCCAUGUUGCACUGAAAGAGGAAGGGGGAAUAACUGCCAUUGACUUCAAUGUUGGGAAGACAGAUCGCAGUGAGAUAAAAGUCACAGGGAAACGCAAAAGGAAUGCACAACAUUUGCAAGAAAAUUCAGCAUUAUGUAAAGUCUGCACAAAGGAUAAAACUUUUGUGGUGAGGUGUUGCGUGAAAGGGCAGCUUUUGGAGAUUAAUGAUAGAUUGAUGAAGCAACCCGAUCUGCUUAAUACCUCUGCCGACAGAGAAGGAUACAUAGCAAUCUUCAUGCAGAAACCAGGUGACUGGCUCAAAGUUAAGGAUAAAUUUCUUAGCUUUGAGGACUACAAAAACUUGAGAGGAAUCUGCUGACACCAAAAGAGGAAUUCAUGCCGGCCAAUUGUGUAUUAAUUUUACAAUUCAGAGCUGAAGCUCAGGUCUCAUCGGCUAUUGGCCUGAUCCUCGCACAGAUGCCAUCUAUUUUAUUUAGAAUUUGAGAGCCAACUCCAGAUAAAUUCACCUUUACUGGCGUGAUAUUGAAGUCUCUUGUAGUGGCCACAGUUAGGGAGCCUGUUCCCUUUUUCUGACAAUUUAGUAGAAGCAUUAUUCUGAUACUUUCAAACUUAAUAGUCUACUCAACUGUAGAGCAAGCUUUGGAACCGUAAUCAUUUGAAGUUCAUAGAGAACUUAUGUGCUUCACUCCUUUACUGUAUAACUUGAUUGUUUCCCCACAGAACAAUGAUUGAGAAAUGUAUGCUAGUUUGAUACAAAUACUGAAUGAGGUUUACUUAA